CGGGGCGAUGUGAGAGCGGCGGCGGCAGCAGCAGCGGCAGCAGCAGCAGCACGGCCCCCCCCCCCAGCCUCCGCGUGAUGCCGUGACCCCGGGCGGGCGCUGCCGCCGCCGCCGAUGGGGCUGCUCAGGAUUAUGGUGCCGCCCCGGUUGCAGCUGCUGGCCGUGCUCGUGUUCGGCGUGGCCGUGCUCUUCCUCGAGAACCAGAUCCAGAAGCUCGAGGAGUCCCGCGGAAAGCUGGAAAGGGCUAUUGCAAGACAUGAAGUCAGAGAAAUAGAGCAACGUCACACAGUAGAUGGCCCCCGACAAGACGUGACGCUGGAUGAAGAGGACGAUGUGGUGAUUAUUUACAACAGAGUACCUAAGACUGCCAGCACCUCCUUCACAAAUAUUGCCUAUGAUCUUUGCGCAAAGAACAAAUACCAUGUUCUACAUAUCAACACAACCAAAAACAACCCUGUUAUGUCUCUGCAGGAUCAGGUCCGAUUUGUGAAGAACGUGACUUCCUGGAAGGAAAUGAAGCCAGGAUUUUACCAUGGACAUAUAUCUUAUUUGGACUUUGCAAAAUUCGGUGUUAAAAAGAAACCAAUUUACAUAAACGUCAUAAGAGAUCCUAUAGAACGACUAGUUUCUUACUAUUACUUUCUGCGCUUUGGAGAUGAUUACAGACCAGGGCUACGGAGGCGAAAACAAGGGGAUAAAAAGACCUUUGAUGAAUGUGUGGCAGCUGGAGGUUCAGACUGUGCUCCAGAGAAACUUUGGCUUCAAAUUCCAUUCUUCUGUGGCCACAGCUCCGAAUGCUGGAAUGUGGGAAGCAGAUGGGCUUUGGAUCAAGCCAAAUACAAUCUGAUUAAUGAAUACUUCCUAGUGGGAGUUACUGAAGAGCUUGAAGACUUUAUCAUGUUAUUGGAGGCAGCUUUGCCCCGGUUCUUCAGGGGUGCCACAGAACUGUACCGGACAGGAAAGAAGUCUCAUCUUAGGAAAACAACUGAGAAAAAACUUCCCACAAAAGAAACUAUUGCCAAGCUACAACAGUCUGAGAUCUGGAAAAUGGAAAAUGAGUUUUAUGAAUUUGCACUGGAGCAGUUUCAGUUUGUCAGAGCACACGCAGUUCGGGAAAAAGAUGGAGAAUUGUAUAUUCUGGCUCAAAACUUUUUCUAUGAAAAGAUUUACCCUAAAUCAAACUAAGAACACUCUACUGUUAGAUUUAUGGACCUAAAUCUUUGGUCACAUCGUCAUCUUAGUCCUCAGCCAUGGAAACUAGAUUGCUUGUAGACCUCCAAGAUGGUUCUUUAUAGAAAAGUGGGCUGUGGAUCACCUCCAGGGUGUUGGAUACUGGCUAACGCUGCUGGUAUUCCAGAAGCAAAGGCUUCAUUUCUUUUAUCUAACUCAUACUUUCAGUGGGAAUUAAUAUCCUUUACCUGAAGAAAUCUACACUUUAAUUCGGAGCAAUUAAUACACAGCAGUUAUAGUUGAAACUAUAAACAAACAAACAAAAAAAUGCUUCUGUUGAUGCUGGUUUUAAUUUUCAGAGCCAUUUAUUUUCAUUUAUACUUCUGUGAAGAGGAAAUCACUUUUCCCAGCUUUCAACAUGGAAAUUUUGGUUGUAUACAAUAUAAGUAGUUAAUAACUGGUUGACAUCUGUGCUUUGUUUUUGUGAAUCAUGUCACAUGAUAUUAAUUGGAACGGUUAAUCAUGUUCUGCUGAGAAAUGCUGCUGCUGGAAUUGCCCAUAUUUAUAUAUGUAGUUUUAUUAAAAAAUUCCAACUAAUCAUUAGUGUUAAAACAUCAUUUCCACUUUAAUAUUGUAAAAAAAAGUUCAAGAAUCAGAGCAGUGGGGUUUUUGUUGUUUUUUUUUUAUCCCCGCCACCACUGACUGAGGUUGGGAAAACUAUGAAGAAGGUUGGUAUUGUCUGCAGUUCUAGUCGGUUCUUACCCAGUGGUAUAAAAAUCGUAAAUUCAGUAUUAUUUUCUCCGUGGAUUCUUUGUAAUAAUUGUAAACUGAGGUCUUGGUGACUCCAUAUUAUGACUCCAUUAGUGAGCUGUGGUAUGGUUAGGGUUUUCCUACUACUUCGAUACUUUUACCUGUAGAAUAUUUUUACUAAGGUGCUUUAUAAUGUGUUUUAAAGCAUUGCAUUUACAAAAGAAGUAAAAUGCUGUAAAUACUGCUUAUUUUAUGUAUUUGGACCAAAAGGUUUAAAGUAACUAGUUUAAAGUGGGGGUUUUGCACCAGUUCUGUUACGUGUGCGGUGAAAAACAUCCCGUCUCCUUCCUGGUUGAGUUAACUGUUGGACAUGGCUGCGAUGCGCUUCAGUGACCUCUCUGACUUCAAUACCAGAAUGUUGUCCAGGGAUUCUCUUUACAGAAAUGUAGUCUUCAUUCUUUUGUUAUGGUAAGAGGAAAAGAAAUGUCCAGCGUGGUCUGGUUGAGAAAGAUGCAGUGACUGACAUGCUUGUAUUUCUGUAACUGCCUUACGUGACUAUUGUGAACUCGUGCGUUGCCGUUUAUUAACAGCGUGGAACACCUGGGAGAUUAAGUAAAUUGAAAUUGGAGAACAGAUGUUUGGGGCCACUGCGUUAUAUAGCAAACGGCAGUGGAGAACUACAAGAAUUUCCUAUUGAGUUUUCUUAAAGAUUAGAGUAUUUACACGUCUUACAGCUGCCUAAAGUGCUUUUCACUGGGUUUGAUGGGGGAAGGCGCUAAGGGCGCAAAGUAAGGAGUGGUGGUAAAGGUUUGAAUUCCUAAGGGAUGUUGCCGAAGGCUGAGUUUAAAAUUACCAAGUAGAGUUUCUUGAAGCAGCUUGUUCUCGUAAUGAAAACAAAGGAAAUGGAAAAUGGUCUGUGAACUGGAUGUCUGCAGCCAAAAGCAACAGCCCAAUUAGAGAGAGGAUAAUGAGGGACUAUCAAGGACAUCUUGCAUUUUCUUUGUUUUCUUGGGUUUUUCCCUUUGAAUUUUAAAAAUAGAUCUCUCUCUGUUCUUCGUGGAUAAUGAGGGAAGUUCCUUCUGAUAGCUUCCCAUUUAUAUAGUGUGAACCCUGCAGAAGGUUUCCUGUUCUCCUUCUUUUCUAUUGACGUCACCAAUAAUGCCAACACGUUUGGGGCGAGGAUGUGUUAGUUCACACGUGACGAUGUCUUUCCAAGCUAAAGAAAUGAGCUGAGGAGUCAUACACAAGAAGUAGCUAAUGAGUAUCAAAAAAUGUCCAUAACAAAGCAGAAAUGUUUCUGAAAUAAAAUGAGUAUUUAUAAUCCCAGGAAAGAUUCUCCAGUCAGUGAUAGUUUAUUUUGACUCUGUUUUCCUUCAGAAGAAUUCGGGUCAGUUUACCUUCCUGAAUGUCCUUCGGGAUUUUCAGAUGAGCACCUCUAAGAGAGCAGAAGAAUUUAUGAAGUGAAAACUCUAAGUGAUGGAAUGGGUAUGGAGAGAAAUGCUUCUGUGUCAACAAGAAAAACAUAGUCACAGCUUCUCCUGAUUUCAGUAGAGUCUACAGAAACCUCUUCUAUUCUGUAAGCAAUUUUUAAAAUCGUAUUUCUCUUUUUUUUCUUCCUUCCAGGAUUUAGAAUUCCAUAAUUAUGAGUCUGCAGUAACAAAAAUAAUAGAACAAUGCAAUUUUUUUUUUUUACUUUUGAAAGAGCGAUGUAUUUUUCAUAGUUCAUAUAAGAAACCACAUUUUAUUUAAUUGGAUCUCACGCCCUGUUCUUUGCUGUGAACUGAAAGGGUGGAGACAAAUAAGGAUUUUAGGGAUAUUUUUUACAAAUGCUGGCUCCGAUCAGAGAGAUUUUC